AUGGAGGUUGAAAAAGAAGGGCGUCCGCCACUAUUGAACGUCUCACGGGAGGGGUCAUUUGUGCUGCUCACAGAAGACCAGACAGAUGGAGGAUUUCUCAUCCAUCACUUCCUUUCCUCCUACGUAAAAGAUGGCUGGAAAGUGUGUUUCAUUGCGAUGGCUCAAUCUUUCCACCACUACGCAACAGUCGCGCAAAAACUGGGUGUGAACUUGGGCUUGGCGCGGCGCGACGGGCAGCUCGUGGUGCUGGAGGGACUCACCGCGCUACGGGACCUCGCCCUCGACCGAGUAGGGGAGCGUGCCGAGCCGGCCUUCCCCUGCAGUGUCCUGCGCCCAGAUUCUGAAAGCCUGCGGGAUCUCUACACCUCUGUUAAGCACUGUCUGUUGUCUUCGGAGCCCGGGUCCCCGGUUCAACGCCCGGUCCUCAUUGUGGACAGCGUGAACUCGCUCUCCACCCUGGGCUUCUCCGUGCCGGCCACGCUCGCAUUCCUCCACUACUGCCGCGUGCUGCUCAAUCACACACUUCACGGCGAUGUGGUGGUGCUUCUCUCGGCGGACUCGGACGUAGACGACGCCGAUGGAGUCACACUGCACCGCUCCGUCGCGCACCAGGCCCACACGGAGCUGUGCGCCCAGGCCCUGCCCAGCGGAGCCGCGCGCGACGUCGAUGGCCUGCUGACAGUGUGGACGCGCUUUCCGGACCAGGCCCUGCCCCACGCCUCUACUCGGAGCCGCUACCGUUACAAACUUCACGAUCGAGGACUCACCCUGUCGCCUGCACUCGAUUCCUGACGACCGCAGUGGAAAAAGCAGCA